AUGCUUCCAGGGCUUACGUCCUACGCGUCUGAUUCGUCAGCGGACGAACCAGCCGACGCGCCACCCAGCGUGCCACCCGACGAACCUUCCGAUGAAUGGCCUACGGCGGCCACCGAGUCAACAUGGAAGCCACCCCCUAUGCCUCUCCCCCCUCGCCAUUCGCGCUUUUUAGACCCCGAUACGGCAAUCGAGCACAUCAACAAGCUUGCGCAGCCUGCCGGAUAUGCAGUAAACAAGCUCCGGUCCAAGAAAAACAAACGUGGACAAGUGAAAAAGGUCGUUCUACGAUGUGAUCGCGGUAGAGAGUAUGCGUCUUCUAUUUCAGAGACAUCACACAAGCACAAAACCAAUACACAUACCUGUGGCUGCAGGUUCCAGGUUACACUUCGUUUCCAGCCAAUUAUCUCGCCGGAUCUGCCAUAG